ACUGGGUAUCUUGAACUAUGUCCCUUACGGUGUCUGGCGCAAAAAGUAUUGCUGAAUUUAAUCCAAGUCAGGUAAUUCAGAGCUUCCAAGAAGCCUAUGAGGAAGGAUGCAUCACAGAUAAGUUACGACAGCACUUUUGCCAGUUUGUUCCACUGGUGUAUGGACUUCUGGGAGAGUAUGACCCUAACAGAGAGGAGCGAAAAGCCAAGAAGCUUCUGUUUAAUCCAAUAGAGGCAUUUCUAUGUGGAGGCCCACCUGAUGCUGUGUUUAAGGAGUUGAAGGAGAAAGAUCACCCACCCAUUCUGUGUGGCCGCGUGUUCCGCAGUGGAGAACCAACAUACUCAUGCAGAGAUUGUGCAGUUGAUCCAACAUGUGUUCUCUGCAUAGAUUGCUUCAACAAUGGCGCACAUAGAAAGCAUAAAUACAGGAUGAGCACGUCCAGUGGUGGUGGCUAUUGUGACUGUGGCGACAAGGAGGCCUGGAAGACUGACCCACUGUGUGAAAUACACAGAAAAGGGGAAGAAAAAGGGAGUAAUCAG